CCGUCCCGGCUGGCUGUGGAGGGCGCGCGAGUCGUCCCCCGGCGAGAAGCGGACCUGGCGCUGGGUUGCCAGGACAGCUGGCCUUGGAGUCCGGAGUCUUCGCGAGUGAAUAGCGCUUCAGCCCUCCCAGUGUGGCCGCGAGUCGGAAUAAGGUGAAGCCGAUAACCCUUCUCAUCGGCUGUGAGAACGAAGCCCUUCACACUGUUUGACACGGUAAUGCAGCAGCCUGUUUCAUUGUUGGACAGCUCCAUGAAGAUGACUGUAACUUCUACCCUUCGGUUUCCAGUCCUGUCUUUGGAAACAUCACAGAGUUGUUCUGCUGUGAUUCAUCACCUUCUAAAGAUGCAUCCCGACUUAUCUCCACACUUGCACACUGAAGAAUGCAACAUCUUGAUUAACUUGCUAAAGGAAUGUCACAAAAAUCACAACAUUCUGAAAUUUUUUGGUCAUUGCAAUGAUCUUGAUCGGGAGAUGAGAAAAUGCUUAAAGAAUGAGUACGUGGCAAAGAGAACCAAGAGCAGGGAGCUUGGCAAUGCGAUGCAGAAGAGACUUUUUAAUCCUCCAGAGGAAUCUGAAAAGUAAAUUACGUUUUCCUUGGAUGCCUUGACUGAGAGAAGACCUAAAGACUCUUGGUUGAUAGCCAAAAGAAUCCUGUUAGGUCUCCAUGGCUCUAUGACUAGAAAAUCUGACCCAUUUUCGAACCACGGAAUAGUAAGGGGAUCCUGGAAUCUGAAUACUUGUUGGGAGGAGCCUUUGGUUGUAAUAGUAUUUCUCCUGCUAACAGACCCGACUUCUAACAUGUUCCUUCCCUUUGCUUUCAGCCAGUUCACCUCUAAAUAACUUAUCUCCCUUAAUAAAAUAAUAUUUUUUAAUCA